AUGGUUCAACGUCGCCAAUGUUGUGCAGACAACUGCAGUAAACUGCUUAAGAUCAGUAUCACCUGUUCAAGCUGCAUUAGAUCGUACUGUCCGCAAUGUGUAGGUAAAUCUGUCCAAGAAGUGAGACAGACAAACCAAGUUGCUGACACAAUUUGGUUUUGCCCAACAUGUCAAGUCAUUCCAGUGGUCAACUGCUUAUCUUUGCUCAUGAAAAAAUGCGAUAGGAUGACCGAAAUAAUCGCGCAAUUUGUAAAUACUAAGAUCCCUCCCCCGGAGGUAAAUACGGCCACGAUAAUAUCUCACCCGGCCAAAGUAAGCUCUGAGUCUAAACCGAAGAAAAGAGCUAGACGCUCCAACCGCACUGCAGCGUCUGUGACUCUAAAUCCACUGGGUCACCUCACUCCCAUAAGUGGGCAAGCCUCAAACAUACCUGCUUCCACUUCUCCAACCAUAGAGGCUUCACUUGGAGAUGCACCCAUGACGCCGACAGCUCAGAGCCGUAGGAAAUCCGGUGCAGAUAACAAGCAGGUAACGUACGCAUCGAUUGCCUCGACAAACACACCGGGAGGGACACACCUAGGUCCAUUUUCAGUACCGAGCACGCGUGGCGCAAAGCAGCUUUCACCGCCAACUCCAAUGGUGUCCUCUAAACAACGCGAAUUGCCAACAAAAAGUAUAAAGCCAACACUCACUAGACAAAACCACGCUGCGUUAACCCUCGUGUGCACCAAUGUUCCCGAAUCCAAAUCUGGAACAAUAAAAGGUAAAUUGCAAGACGAUCGCAACCAGUGGAGUUCCAUCUGCGAGGCAAUUAACAUUCGGGUUGAGCCUGCAAUGCUGCAACGCGUAGCCCGUCACCCGACCUCAGUGCACUCGGGUGA